AUGGCACCAAAGAAAAUCCUCAUCAGCGGCGCAGGCAUCACCGGCAAUUCCCUCGCCUUUUGGCUCUCAAAGCUAGGUCACAACGUCACAAUCGUCGAGCGUUUCCCUUCCCUUCGAGCUUCGGGGCUCCAGAUUGAUCUUCGCAGCCACGGAAUUGAAGUCAUGAAGCGCAUGGGUCUCGAAGAUGCCUUCAAGGCACAUUCAAUUCCAGAGCGGAAGUGUCUAGGCUUUAGUACCAAGUACGAAAUCAUGAGAGGCGAUCUGUGUCGAAUCAUCUAUGAUCUGAGCAAAAGCCGGGCCAAGUAUAUCUUCGGCACGUCAAUUGAGAGCUACGAGGAUAACGACAAGGAAAAGACCAUCAACGUGCGAUUUGCAAAUGCCACCGAGGACACAUUCGACCUCGUGAUUGGCGCCGAUGGCCAAGGGUCACGCACACGAAAGAUGAUGCUCGGAAGGGAAGCCCCCGAUGCAUUCCGUCCCCUCAACGGUCGCUACAUCGGAUAUUUCACCUUUCCUCAACCAAUCAAAGAGGGGGAAGGGUAUGUCGCUACCAUGUACUCGGCACCGGGCGGACGAGGUAUCAUGCUUCGAAGACACAAUGCGCAAGAGAUUCAAGCAUACCUCGGCGGCCAAACGAAUUCAGAGCAGCUCAAGGAACAUUUGCGGGGUGAUGUUGCGGAGCAAAAGGAGGCGUUGAAGGAGAUGAUUCAAGGGGCGGGGUGGAGAGCGGACGAGAUCUUGGGAUAUCUUAAAGACUCUAAAAACUUCUACUGUGAGCGUCUUGGUAUGGUCAAGAUGCCUCAUUGGUCUCGCGGUCGUGUCGCGCUCGUCGGGGACGCUGCUUAUUGUCCACCAGUCAUGACAGGCAUGGGUACCACUUCUGGGAUUGUUGGGGCCUAUGUCUUGGCUGGGGAGAUUGGUCGGCACUGUGGUGAACCUGCUGAGAAGGGUAAUGGUUCUCUUAUGGCUGCGAUUCAGGCAUAUGAACAGACAUUCCGCCCUUUUAUCAACCAGGUGCAGGCAGGUGUUGCCGAGGAUGAGGGGCUUUGGGAUAAGAUUUCAGGCACCGCUUUUGGCAUUGCACUUGGAAACUAUCUUAUGGGAGCUGCUUCCCUUUUGAGAUUGGAUGUUCUCAGCAAGUUCUCUACGGAUCCUGUCAAAAACUGGAAACUUCCGACAUACAAAGAGUUGCUCCGAGAUUAG